AUGGCGCAAUCCAUCACCAGCUACCUCCAGCACUUCCUCAACGAUCCGUUCAAGUUCCUCUUCCAGCUCCUCCAGUCCAUUCUCAACUACUUCCUCGCGCCCGCUCCUCCGCCUCCCAAUGCGAAGCUCGGUCGUCCCAAGAUUGCCAUCAUUGGAGCCGGUCUGACGGGUGUCUCGUCAGCAUCGCACUGUGUUGGACAUGGCUUCGAUGUCACCAUCUUCGAAGCGGGAAGUCGCAAGAGUCUGGGAGGAAUAUGGGCGAAAGUCAACAACACAUCUGGUCUCCAGAUCCACUCCAUCAUGUAUCGCUUCCACCCAAGCGUGGAGUGGUCGUCUGGAUAUCCGGACCGCAAACAGAUCGUAGACGCUAUUACGAAGCUUUGGGAGAAGUACGGCCUGCAAGACAAGACCAAGUUUGAUACCAAAGUCGAGAAGAUCUACAAGGAUGAUCAAGGCAGAUGGAUAGUCAACAACGAGUCCAACGGUCGCUUCGAUGGUAUCAUCGCUGCUGUUGGAACUUGCGGUGAUCCAAAGUCGGCUCAAAUCAAAGGCCAAGAGAAAUACAAGGGCAAGAUUUACCAUUCAUCCGAGUUGGAUGGAAAGGACGCAAAAGGAAAGAAGGUCCUCGUCGUCGGUGGUGGUGCCUCAGCAAUCGAAGCAAUGGAGUUCACGACCCAACAGAACGCCGAAAAGACGUACAUCCUUUCUCGUAGUGAGAAGUGGAUCAUCCCUCGCAACCCCUUCAUCGACGUUCUUCUCUCCUUGAAUAUCUUCGGUGCUGAGACACCCUUCUCCUGGAUCCCGGAGAGGCUCCUCCGUCUUUUCUUCUAUCGCGAUCUCUCCGACAUCUCCCCUCCGCCUGGCAGCGGAAAUGGACUCUUCAUGGAGACACCCAUGGUCAACAACGAUGUGCUCGAGCAGAUUCGAAACGGAAAAGCAAGCUGGUGUCGAGGCGACAUCAAACACUUCACCGAGACCGGAAUUGUCUUCAACCAUCGCUCUCAGGGCGUCCCAAAAGGUGGCCCUGGUCGCGAAGAACACCUCGAAGGAGACAUCUGCAUCAUGGCCACUGGCUACGAACGCCCCAGUCUGCGUUUCCUUCCCCCAGAAUGCUUUGAGAAGAAUUACGAACCGCCGAACUGGUAUAUUCAAGUGUUUCCACCCAAACACAUGGAUAUCUGUGCCAACAACUGCACCUACGUGAACGCCAUUGGAACUGUAGGAAACUACCAUAUCGGUAUCUACACACGAUUCUUGCUCAUGUUCCUUGUCGAUCCAUUGGCACGCCCCACCGAAGGCCUAAUGAAGACAUGGAUCGACGUCACUCGUUGGGUCAAGUCUCGCGCUCCAACUGCAGCAUUUGACUUCUUCACAUACGCGGAGUUGAUGUACUGGUUCGUCUUCGUCAUCGCAAUCAAUCCAUUCCGUUGGAAGUGGGCCCUCUUCGUGCUCAGUGGAGUCGGAGGGGCCUUGCCGAGGAAAGUGGUGGAAGAAGAAGAAAAGAUUAGAGAGGCCUGGUGGGGAGACAAGAAGGCAGGUCAGAAACAGAUCAAUGGCGUCAAUGGAGAUUGA